UAGCAUCAAUAAAGAGGCGAGAGAGCCAAGUACGUCAGCGGGAGCCGCCGGGGUUAACCCGCCACCCUUUCACUAUGGGGGAGCAGAAUUGCACCUUAUUCAGCCCGCGGUCCUCCAGCAGUAUUCAAUGCGUGACAAUUGCCACUGUGAAAAGUAUAACAGCUACAUUCUCGUUAAUUGGCUGCUUGUGUAUGCUUCUGGUGAUCUGGUUGUUCAGAAAAUAUAAUUCAUUGGCUCAGAAAAUGAUUCUGAGUUUGACGGUGGCCGCAUUCUUUGACAGUAUUGCUUAUGCUAUGGGUGAAGUUAUACCAGAUGGAGCGCUUUGUAACUUCCAAGCAUGGUGGCUGACUUAUUUUGACUGGUGCUCGCUGUCCUGGGUCUGCUGUAUAACAUUCAACCUCUACCUGAAUGUUGUCAAAGAGAUAAGAACUGACCAAUUUGCAUUAGCGUAUCAUGUCACUGCUUGGGGGAUACCAUUUGCUUUUUCCUGCCUCCCCCUAUUUGGAGACUAUUAUGGCCCCGCUGGAGCAUGGUGCUGGAUUACAGAUGAACACGUUGUCUGGAGAUUUGUCAUAUGGUACGUUCCACUAUUCACCUUGAUAUUCCUGAUGAUGCUCUGUUACCUCCGGAUAAUCUCCGUUGCAAAGCAGAGGGUCGCAACAUGGUCUGGGACGUAUGACCCUGGCAGGGAAAGGAGCAAGAUUAUGAUGGCAGAAGAGAUCAAACCUCUGAAGUGGUACCCAUGCGUGUACCUGGCAGUGUCCCUGUUCCCACUUUUAAACAGAAUCCACAAUGCCUUUUAUCCAAGCCAUCCUGUUUUCGUCCUUACAUUACUACAUGUCAUAAGUGCGCCGCUUCAUGGGCUGGCCAACGCGUUUGUCUUUGGACUGGAUAAGGAGACUUGGAGACAGCUACAAAUAGCCUCAAUCAAGGCUGCUUUUCAGUCUAGGUUCUUCGACAGAACAAAGAUUAAGGAGUAUCAGCCUGCGAACAUGCGGUACACAGCACAGUUAGAAGAGGAGGAUUCGUGCGAUGACACUACAGUGCUAUUCUCCUAUCCGUCUGUGACAUUAAGGGACAAGGGACCCUGAUCAUUCCUCAUGCUAGGAAAUGUGAAGGCUAAACACACAAAAUCCUGUUUGGAAAGGAAA